UCACCUCUAAGAUUACUUCAUGAUGUAAAGUCAGGUGCGCUCAGGCCCAGAGUCAGCUAAAAUUCACAGGGCGAGCUCAGCCAAUAUCAAUGCAAGAUUGUCUCUCUAUUUGUUGAUACAUUUUAUCUUUGUGGUCCGGACACCACUGGAUCAUCUCUCCGCUCUUCAAUCUUCAUGACCAACGCCUUCGGGUCGAGUCAACAAAGAGAACUGGAGGGUCAAGAAACAGAGAGUACAGAAACGCACCGGAGUGAGACCUUAGAAGCUUGAGAACAAAUCAUUUGGAGAGCUCUCUAAUUCGAUGUCUUUGUAUAUUGGUAAUCUAUCAGCUCGAACUCGAAGAGAUGAACUAGAAUAUUUUUUCGGAAGGUUUGGGCACUGUAAUGUACAGCUUAAAAAAGAUGGAUAUGGAUUCGUAGUAUUUGACUACCCUCUGGAUGCAGAGAAAGCUUUGAGAGCACUACAGGGCAGGAACAUCUGUGGAGAGCCAUUGACUCUUACAUGGUCUAAUAAACAGCCCCAACCUUUUCGAAAAUUUGCAAGAGGUGCUAGAUCCUAUGAGUUGCUACGUGGAAGGAAUGCUGCGAGAGGAGGAGAUUAUGCUAGUAGAAAAAUGGGUUCAAAUGGUUGGAGGGAUUACAGAAUGGGUAUUAAACAACUAGAUAGUGAUGGUCAAAGGCUUGAUUCUGCUGACAUGCUUGAUGAUGAGACAGGCUACCACCAAGACAACAUAAAAGAUAAUGUGGAGGAAGAACUUCAAGGUUUGCAUGAUGAAGAUCGUAGUAUUGUAGCCAACCUGGACAAUGAUAGAUGGGUUGGGCGAGUUCUUGAGCGCCCAUAUGAAAAGGGGGUUGAAAAUGGAUUGGAAUUUGACCGUUAUGAACCUUACAAGAGUUAUGAUGAAAAAGGUGAAAAUGAAAACCAAAGGAUGGGCUAUACAGGUGGUUCUCCUGCCACAAGAAGUUCUCAAGAGAAUCUAGGGCGAGAGCAGAUUGACACUGCAGCUCUGAACUGUUCUAAUGAUUCUAAACCUCGGCAAACUUGCUUCAGUUGCGGGGCUUCUGGCCACAAAAUCCGUAAUUGUCCUAGAAAACAUGCUUCGCGGAGAAAGUCCACUAAGUCUGAUCUUAAGCAGGACUAUGAUAUUGAUAAAAGUGGUAGAGGAAAAGGAGAGGUCAAUAGAUUUGGAUCCAAAUCCUGGGGAAAACUUCGGUCAAACAGGGAUACCAUGUCUGUAAGGCAACAGAGGGAUGAUAGGAGGGCAUCUGGUUCUAGAAACCAUCGGAGGGAGAUAAAUAGUAUAACACAGGAAACUGAUAGGGACUGGAGAAAGGACUAUGGAGGAAAGAAGAGGAGGGAAAUAAUAACUCCUACACGAAGUACCGCAAAGAAAGCGAGGAGGUCAAUUGCAUCGCCAGACCAUUCUGAUUAUACAUCCAGGUCACGCACUACUUUCCAAUCCUCAAAGUCUGUACCAAAGUCCAGUAGAUCGAGAUCCGCAUUUUCCAGAGCACAUUCCUUAUCUUCUAAUUUAAGGUCCAGUUCAAAAUCACACUAUUCUGGAUCCAGAAGUUGUAAGUCUAGGUCAAGGUUGAGCUCACCCUCGUCUGUGUCUAUGUCUGUAUCACUUGGUCGGCCUUUACCAUUCUCUCAAAAUAAGGUGCAGUUGAAUCUAAAAGGUUCUUUGUAUAAUGCUUCUACUCCUGAAUCCAAGGGCAUUCUAGUUGAACAGGUAGAGCCAGUAGACGGUGAUAAAAAGUUGGAGAAGGCUAAACUUGAAAACACAAUGAUGGUGGUGAAUAAUGAAUAUGUACUGUCAUCCUCUAAAGUGGAAGAUGACAUGGAAAAGGACCAGCAUCUGGAGAGGGAGGACAAAGGCAACCAUAUUGCAUCUGGGUCAUUAUAUGAAGUAACAAAUCCAAGCACGCCGCUGUCAGAGAAAGGCGCUCUUACUGGUGGGAAUUCAUCUCCUGAGAUGUUCGGAGAGAUGAUGGAAUUUCAAAAUUCUGGCGCAUUGGAGAUGGAACAUAUGCAGGCACCAAUCAAGAAACCCGAUUCAGAGACACUUGUCAAUUCCCAGACUGGCCAUUCAACCAGCAUGUCGUUAGAGGAGAUGUACAAGGUUCUGAAGCAUUAUGGCCUUGAACUCUCAGAAGAAAAUGAAGGACAUCUAUCUGUAGAAGCAUACUUUGGUUCUGCUCGCUUAUGGCCUUGGGAGAUCAUCUACUACAGGAGGCAGAAAAAGGGCCCUGUUUCCAUUGAGAACUAUGCCAGGCGGGUUGUUCAGAAUGAAGAGUUUGGUAUUGUCGAUAAGUAUAUCAGAAGCAGUAGUGGAUGGGGAGAAAUGGAUAAAGAAAACUUUUGAAAGGUUUUGUCUGUAGAUGUGCUGACUUAUUUUUUGUCUUCAUAGACCCUGAGAUCUAUCGUCAUUUUAAUACUAGUAUUUUCGGUUUCACAUGCAA